GGGGCGCUAGUGAUUGUGUACAACACCGGGAUGAAGGGGAGUGAGUGGGUCAUUAAUUCCACCAAAUCACCUCAUUAUUAAGAGGGAGAGAUGGCCAAGGGGAGGCCGAGGAGGAUCAGAUCUGCGGAGCACAAGUUGAAGAAGACGGGCUACGAUCAGAGCCGAGCCAAGACCCGCAUCAACAUCGGCGAAGCUUUCCAGCGGUGGAGAGAUCUCCGGGAGCUGAAGGGCAUGAAGACGGACGCGGAGGUAGCCGUGUUUCUGCUAGAUAGUUAUCUCCAGACUAAGUCAGAGAGUCGACUUCAACGAUCGAGCCUCAAAAGGAGCUCUUCAACUGAAACCUGUGAAAGUGUGCACUAUGAAUAUCCGUUUAUGAUGAGUUCAUCAAAUGACUCUGAGCAGGAAACUUGUGCCGAUCCUUCGGUCCAGUCGUCUACAAAUGGAAAGGAGCUGCAGAAAAAAGAUGCUGCUUGUCAGAGACCAAAAAGUGAAGAUGAGUGGUCAGAAAAUAAAGAAAACGCAGUUGCAGAAGAGGAUGAAGAAUUCAGCACCUCAUUAAGUGUGGGAGAUGGACGCUUCCUGGUGGACUUGGGAAGCUCGUCAGAGUUCAUCGUGGAUGAAGAGUGCAUCCUCCAGCUCUUCAUGUCAUGCCGGCAGUGCAACGGACAAUGUACAGUGAGAAAACAUGUGAAAGGAUUGAAGCUUGUCGUUUACCAGGCGUGCUGCUUCUGUCAGAGCCGCAGCAAAUGGACUAACCUGCCGGAUGAUGAUGAUAAGAAAGAGGAUGGUCAUUCCCAGAUCAAUGGGAGAGACACAGAACGUGGACAGAACACGUCAAUGUCACCGGGCAGCAACAGCAGCUGAGUUCACGUGUGUGAAAUGACUCCAAGCAGAUUUGGGGUGCUCUGAAACUGGAAUGUGUUUCAGCUGAACCUGUACAGUAGGUGAAGCAGCUGGACUUGUGCUGCUUUCUGUGGACUGUCGAAGCCAUCAGCACCUUCUCUGUAUGUUUCACUCAUUUCCUGAUGCAUUUGGGUGAAUUUCUAGUAUCACAGUGUACAGUUGGUCAGACAAGGACUACUGUCUAAAUACUAGUCACUGGUUAAACUCAUGACCCCCCAUUUACACAUUUGAUCUGUAUCUGGAUAUGAAUAAGGGCAUAUUAAUGCAAGUGUGUGAAAAAUGGACGGUGAUCUGAAUGUGGCCAAACCACAUCUCUACUAGGCCACCCUCGAGACCUUCUGACUAUAAGAAAUGAACCAACUCAACAAGAUGAAAAGUUACAUAAUGCCUCCUUUUACUGUUUAAAUAAACAAGCCUGGCAAAAGCUACAA